AUGGCAGAAUCAGAAUCUCAGGAAGGAGACGAUUAUAACAGGGGAAAGAUGGUGGAGAACAUUAAAACAGACAUGGAGGAACUUCUGGAGGAAAUGGAAAAACUAACAGUGCGUGCAGCCUGGAUGGCUUACAGCUACACGGCCAUCCAGACCAACGCAGACCUGUCCAACGCCAUGCAGCACUCAGAAGACGUUUUCCUGAUGUGCAAAGAGCAGAUGGAGAAGAAAUGGCAAGAGGUGCUACUGGAAUCUAGAAGUGAAGGGGAAAAAAAGGAAUAA